AUGUCUGAACAACCACAACAAGAACAACCGGAGGGACCACAAUCGAGACGCAAUUCAUUCGCCGUAAUUGAAUUUACACCAGAAGUCUUGGACCAAUGUUUGAAGCAAGUGGAAUUCUACUUCUCAGAGUUUAACUUCCCUUACGACAGGUUCUUACGUACUACUGCGGAGAAAAACGAUGGCUGGGUUCCCAUCAGUACCAUUGCCACAUUCAACCGUAUGAAGAAAUAUAGACCAGUGGAUAAAGUGAUCGAAGUACUACGCAGUUCCGAGAUCUUGGAGGUUUCUGCUGACGGAGAAAACGUAAAGAGGCGUGUUCCAUUGGAUUUGACUGCUGCUAGGAAUGCAAGAAUCGAGCAAAACCAAAGAACUUUGGCUGUGAUGAAUUUGCCACAUGAAGACGUUGAAGCUUCACAGAUUCCUGAGUUACAAGAAAACCUGGAAACGUUUUUCCAGAAACUGGGCGAAAUCAACCAAGUGCGUUUGAGAAGAGAUCACAAGAACAAAAAAUUCAACGGUACGGUUUUGGUGGAGUUCAAAACAAUCCCAGAAUGUGAAACUUUUUUGAAAUCAUACUCCAACGACGAUGAGUCAAACGAAAUCUUGUCAUAUGAAGGUAAGAAACUAAGUGUUUUGACCAAGAAACAGUUUGACCUGCAAAGAGAAGCUUCCAAAUCUAAAAACUUCAGCGGUAGAUCAAGAUCGUUCAACAGUCAUAGAAAGAAAAACUUGCCCAAAUUCUCCAAGAACAAGAAGAAGGAUGACGACAAGGACGACAAGGAGGACUCUUCCGCCAUCGCCGAUGAAGAGGAAGAUCAUAACGAGAAAUCCUAA